GGCCUUUGUGUUUAUUUUUUUCUGAGUUUCUUUCUUUUUGUCUCUCUUCUCGUCAUUGCUUUCUAUUUCUUACCUACAUUGCUGUUUUUCUCCCUGGCUCUCUGUGUGUGUCUGUUUUCCCAUGUUCUGGGGUGCUGUCUCAUUUUUUCAGGCUUAGUCUCCUUCCUAACCUCUCCUUUCAUGUGGAAGUGGACAGGGAUGACAGGAGGCUUGAGCGCCCUUGGCAACAUCAUUGAAAUUGGUGCUGAUGAUUGGCUGACCUUUGGAGAAGGCAGGCAGGGCUGAGUGAGAGGUGAGCUCCUUGGAAUUCACGGGCUCUGUAGAGACAGCAAAGACCUCUUUGUCCCUUCCUCCAGAAGCCUCUGCCCAAAGAAGGACAGCAGUUCUGGGGGCUUCUGCGUUGGCCCCUGCUCCGGGAUGGAUGUUCCAGUGUUGUUGCUAGCCAGCAACUUCAGAAAACUGGGUUUCCUUAGGCCUGAGCCCUGAUUUGAGAAAGAAGCCCCCAGUUUUUAG